AUGGGCUCCGUUGUGAUUCCCCAUCUAGUAACAGGCUGGCACGUCGAUCAAGCCAUCAUGUCCGAAGAAGACCGCCUAGUCGUAAUCCGCUUCGGCCGCGACUGGGAUCCAGACUGUAUGCGCCAGGACGAAGUCCUCUACAAAAUCGCCGACCGCGUGAAAAACUUCGCCGUCAUCUACGUCUGCGACCUGGACCAAGUGCCCGACUUCAAACAGAUGUACGAACUCUACGAUACCGUCACCCUGAUGUUCUUCUUCCGCAACAAGCACAUGAUGUGUGAUUUCGGAACGGGAAAUAAUAACAAGUUGAAUUGGGUGUUGGAGGAUAAGCAGGAGUUGAUUGAUAUUAUUGAGACGAUUUAUAAGGGUGCGAAGAAGGGACGGGGUUUGGUGCCCUGA